UAAUUGACCAGUCCAAUCUGAUUUCUUCCAACCGUUCAAAAAUUACCUUCAAAAGCACAGUACUUUGUGUAAAACUUUCAUGAUUCGUCUACUCAAGUCCUAUACGCAACUGAGAUAUUGUACUAGAGCUCUGCAGGAAAAUCUAAAGAUGUCUGCAGUGUCCUAUAUAGAACCUACAAAAGAAGAACUGAAGCAACAGAAACUAUCAGAAGCGAAUUUGAAAAAGGCAGUAAAUGCUAUGGAAGAAGAUGGAAUAGUUGUGUUGAACAACGUUGUUGAUCUACAACACUUGAAUUUGUUGAAUCAAAAGAUGUUGGAAGACUUGAAGUAUCUUCAGUCAAGGAAGGAUGCACCUGAAAACUAUAAUAAUAGUAACUAUCAACAAGAUCCUCCUCCCUUUCAUCCUUAUUUGUUUAAGGACAUCGUAUUUAAUGAAUUUGCAAUUCAAGUAACUGAAGCAGUGCUUGGAAAAGGCGUGAAACUCAACUUUUACAGUGGUAACACUGCAGUCCCCAGCACUUUGAGACAACCAGUGCACUCAGAUUCCAACUUUCAGCAUCCCAAUGAGCCUUUUGGUUUGGUCGUCAACAUACCACUCAUAACUAUGACGCCUGAAAAUGGAAGUACUGAAGUUUGGCCAGGCACACAUACAUUUACAAACAGUCAUCUACAAGAAGGUAGGUUGGGUGUGAUCAGGCGAGAUGAAUUGGAGAGAAGACGUAAAAUAAGUCCACCUCUCCAACCAGUCAUUCCAAGAGGAAGUCUUGUUGUUCGAGACUUGAGGUUAUGGCACGCAGGCAUGCCUAACAAAACCCAGAAUCCUCGUGUUAUGUUGGCGAUGAUACACUGGGCCUCUUGGUACAAAAAUAAGAUGGUCAUUGAAGCAACAAAAGGCACUGAAGAAUUUUUCCAGCACGCCAAACUCAAAGCUAUGGUAGAAUUCAGAGAGAAGGUUUUGUACUUGGAUCACCCUUUUGGUAACGCCUACAACUUCCAAGAAGAAGAGUAAGGUGUUCUCCUCCUUAAUAAACUAGUCUUGAUAGCAGUGAACUUUGAUUCUUUAUAGUUUUC